ACUCCGGUGUGGGAUUUUCUGGCGCUGCAGAUCAGAUAUGUUCUCCAUGACAGAUCCCACUUUAAAGGUUCAAUGUAUUUACUUCCUUAUUUUGAUCGGAUUUAGCCUACUGAUUUUCCAAGAACAUUUCGUGUUUCACUCGUAUAAACGCGACCUACUGAGCUGAAGUCCGUGACACAUAUUACAAAAUUAUGUUUAGGAUCGUCGCUGUCUCCCCGCGGUUUAGAAACUGAUUGGACAAACUGAUCGAACGCUUUGAGACUCAACGGAACGGUUUGACAACUACAAUGGACAACUUUUACUGAUCUUGUACAGAAAUAUGAAGACGUUUGUUUUAUUUUUUGUUACGUUACUCGUGGAUGGUGUGUUUGGUUAUACGGAUGAAAUGAAGUCCGUGUCAGUGAUGGAGGGAGAUUCUGUCACUUUAUAUACUGAUCUUACUGAAAUACAGAAAGCUGAUCUGAUACUGUGGACGUUUGGAUCUGAAAGCACACGUAUAGCUCAGAUCAACAGAUUGGUUAAUAAGAUCUCUAUAUAUGAUGAUGUUCUUGAUGGGAGAUUCAGAGACAGACUGAAGCUGAACAAACAGACUGGAUCUCUGACCAUCACAAACACCACAACUGAACAUGCUGGACCCUAUGGAUUUUUGCAGAUCAUUGGUGGAAAAGAGGUCACACCCAAAAAAUUCAGUAUUAUUGUUUCUGUGCAUCUGCCUGUUCCUGUCAUCAGCAGAAACUCUUCUCAGUGUUCUUCACCAUCAGGAUCAUCAGUGUCCAGAUGUGUGCUGCUGUGUUCAGUGGUGAAUGUGGGUCAUGUGACUCUCUCCUGGUACAAAGGAAACAGUUUAUUGUCCAGCAUCAGUGUGUCUGAUCUCAGCAUCAGUCUCUCUCUACCUCUGGAGGUGGAAUAUCAGGAUAAAAACAGCUACAGCUGUGUGCUCAACAAUCCCAUCAGCAACCAGACUCAACAUCUGGACAUCACUCAACUCUGUCAACCAUGUUCAGCACCAGGUUUGUCCGCAAGUCAUAUAGCGCUGGUUUGCUUUAGUGCUCUGGCUGUGGCUGCAGUUUUGUGUGGUAUUUUCUAUUACUAUCACCACAGGAGGUCUAAACAAGCAGGCCAACCUGAUGGAGAAGAAAAUAUUAGGCUAACUAAUGGUGUAGUUAUUGGAAACGCUGGGGACGCUAAUCGGCUGAACAUUGCAGAUGGAGAAACACCUGAUCAGGAGAGACAUUCACAAAACAAUACUUUUGUGGAGAAAGAUGAAAUUAAGUCAGUGUCAGCAAUGGUGGGAGAAACUGUCACGCUACACACUGAUGUCACCGAAAUACAGGAAAAUGAGCUGAUACGUUGGAAGUUUGCCGAUUCCAAAGUAUACAAACUCGCUGAAUUUUUUGUCAUAGCUAAAUGGGAUAAAACAAACAAUGAGGAAUACCUACAUGAUGACAAAAAAUUCAAAGACAGGUUGCAUCUGGACCACAAUACUGGAUCUCUGAUCAUCACAAACGUCACACCUAAACACUAUGGACAUUACAAACUGCACAUCACCAGUGAGGGACGGAAGAUCUCAAAGACGUUCAAUCUUGUUGCUCAUGUCCCAAAGAAAAGACAGAGUACAAUCCUGAGGAGAGAAACUUGCCCUUGAUAACAGAAUGGGAGUGUAUAUAUAAUCCACAUUUAAGUUCAAUUGCCAAAACAAUGGAACAUAGUUCUACUUUUUUUAUACAGCCAUCUAAAAUCCCAAAUAUACU